AUGGCGUCUCUGUGGUAUUGCUGCGGUUGCCACUUCGGCCCUCACAACUCGUCUCUCUACGACGCCUGCAUCCAGUGUGGAAAAGUUCGUUGCGCUCGAUGCGUUGAUGAGAAGGUCUCCGACAGUAUGAGCAUCCACUCGCACUCCCACGACAGCAACCCGGUCUCCGCGUACCCAACUGCCAUCUCAUUGCACUCGCCUCGCACCCCAACCUUGAAGUCCACAGCCAUGCCCAUGGUUGUACCAGAACUUCCCGGCCUACGGCCUCUACCACGGACCAACUGCACGGAUAUCUCGUCAUCCUCACUAUCUGGAACGAGGCAGAACGGUCCAACCUACAUGUAUAUCUGCUGCGGAUGCGGAGACGGUCCCAAGAUCUACAACAUUCAACCCCAGUGCGUGUCAUGCAAUCACAUGGCUUGCAACAAUUGUGAGGAAGUCAAGUGA